AUGGACUCAGGCUUCAUGCCGUCAAUGGAAUAUGACGGGUGCGUGUGGCAGGAGAGCUCCACGGGCUCCAUGCUGCGGCAUCUGCGGCGUUUUCACGCCGACGAGAUCCCGGAGAGUCUGCGCGAGCACCCCCGCGAGGAGGGUUGCGCCGUGCGGCGUGUGGACCACGACCUCACCCGGGAGUGGGCCGUCAUCAUGGUCAUCAAAAACCUGAUUCCCGUGCGUGUUGCAGACGACGCCCGGGACGGGAUCACCCGCUUGAGCCAGCUCGGCGGCCGCUCUGUGAUGACGCAGGAGGUCGGCCGCACCAUCGACGGAAUUGUUGCGGAGUCCAGGGCCGCUGUGCGGGCAGCUGCAGAGAAAGGAUGUCGUUUUGCUAUCGGAUACGACAGCUGGAAGACAAAAGGUCUCUGUCCGAAACAUUUCAACGCCAUCAUCGUCGACUGGUGCGACCUGGAAUUCGAACGCCACUCGGUCGUCCUCGAGGUGUUCCACAUGGUCGGCCGUAAGAAUGCUGCCUCUUACAAGUCAAUGUUGGAGAAAGCUCUGGCUGCUGCCGGCCUGACGCCAGACCACAUCGUCUGCGGGCUGUCCGACCACGAAGCGGCCCCGCGAAAGGGCAUUCGCGACUUGGGCUUGAACGCCCUUGGCGAGGCCGAAAAAACGUCACGCCAAGGCGAGUUCUUCUUCAACGGAAUCGAGUUCAGGUUCGACCAGCUCCACGUCUUCGUCAUGGAGCCUGUGUGUAAAAAAGCUCGUUCCAUUGUGAAAUACUACCACCGCAACGGCUCCGAGUACGACGCCUUGGUUUCAGACGCGGCGUCCCAGAACCCGCCCGUGCCGACUUGCGCAUUCGCGCAAGAAGGCGAGACUCGCUUCUCCGGCACCCUGUUGUCCUGGGUCUCCCUGAUCAAGAACGCCAGGGCUCACAACCUCACUCGCGGCCUCCACCCCAGGCGCUCUGCCCCGGAGCCCCUGGACGAGCCCAGCGUCAGGGAGCUCGUCGACAUUUGUUGUGCCAUGGGGCCGCUCCUGACGGCGACGCGCACCCUCGAGGGGGACGCCAACAAGGGCACCAUUUCCUUGUUUCUCCCUGUUCUCCAUCAGACGCGCGGGGCCAGCUGCUCGGCGGACCCCGCCUGCCUGGCCCUGCACUCCUUCGACUGCCAGGACUGGGCGUGGCGCUACUGCACCGGCAGCUUUGCGGCCAUGCAGGGAUCGGGCGACGGCACCCACGCCUGUACUCGGAUCCACAGGGAUUUCUUCACCACCACGGAGACCUCCACCACGGGGACCUCCACCGAGACCACGGCCAUCACCUACGUGGAGGGCCCCCGGCUCGGCAACGGCGCCUGCAGCGUCGGCUGCAGCCGCGUGUUCAGCAGCCUGGCCCAGGUGAAGGUGGCUUGUCGUGCCGACGCCGCGUGCACGGGCUUGCUGUUCUCCUACGGCUGCCAGACCUGGGCGUGGUUUUACGCCACGCGCGACGUCCGCGACAUGGUCGCUGACAGUCCCGGGUCAAACUCGUGCACGCUGGUGUUCGAGUCGCUGUUGCACGACCUCUCCUCCGGCACGUGGACAAGCUCCGAGACCAUCACCAGAACGGAGACGAUGACGGCAACCGCCACGUCCUUCUCGACGAGGAGCGCUUCCAUGACGCUCACGUCCGAGUCCAUCACUGCUAGCACCACCACGACGCCGACCACGGGCACUACGGUCACCAGCACGAGCCGCACCUCGCUGACGACCGCCAGCGCAACAAUCGUCACGACGACGAGUGUCUCGAGGACCUCGAGCUCGUCGACCACCACUUCGGCGACGAGCGGGAGCAGCACCAGCAGCGCCACAGCGACAACUACCAGCUAUACCUCCGUCUCUACCGCGACAACCCCCACCAGGACCAGCGUCACAGCAACGGCGACGACGAGCACGAGCUCAACGAGCGCAAGCAGCACCACGGGGAGCAGCUCAGGCACCAGCAGCGCCACGACGACGAGUGCCAGCGAGACCGCCAGCUCUACUGCGACAAGCCCCACUGUGACCAGUGCCACAGUCACGGCGACGACGAGCACAAGUGCUACGACCGCAAGUGACACCACGCCGAGCAGCACAGGAACUGCAAGCACGCAGACCGCCACGAGGACCAGCCGUACGUCGACGACGAGCUGGAGCAGUAGCACUACCGCCACCGCCACGUCCUUGUCGACGUCGUCCCUGACAUGGACGACCACGACCCACGCUACCCAGACUGGUACCCCUUUCACCACCAGCCGAACCAGCAGUGCCACUCGCACCAGCAGCUCCACACUCGUGACUGCCAGCCAGACCAGCACGGCGACGCUGACACAGACGAGCGCCACACGGACGAGUGAGACCACGACCAAGACCCAGACCAGCGCCACCCAGACGAGCCAGAGCCAGACCACCACGAGCUGGAGCCUGACGAGCACCACUCGCACAAGCGCGACGGAGACGAGCGUGACCUUCACGCUGACGCGCACGAGCGCCACUCGAACCUCCACGGCGUCGCUCACUCGCACGAGCAGCUCGGAGACGAGCGGAUCCAUCACCUCCUCGCUCACAGGCUCAACCCAGACCAGCUCGACCCGGACCAGCUCGACCCUGACCAGCUCGACCCGGACCAGCUCGACCCAGAUCAGCUCGACCCAGAUCAGCUCGACCCAGACCAGCUCGACACUCACCAGUACCAGCACGGCAUCACAGAUCACCCUGACGUCAGCCACGGCAACCAGCAGCACAUUCUGGUUCGAGCCGAACGGAGACUCUGUUGAAGGCAGCCUGAUGCUGACUGUCGAGAGCGCCGCUGCUUUUGCGGAGAGCAAGCUCGUGAAGGUCACCCUUGAGGGUCUGAUCGCAAGCGUCGCUGGGGUGCACCACACUCAGGUGACAGUGGAGGUGGGCCUGGAGACGCAGCAGCGCAUCCUCACAGGAAGGUCGCUGGGGGACGCCGUCGUGGCACUGUACACGAUCCUGCUUGGGGCCGAGCAGAACUCGACGUCCAUCGGCAGCGCCCUCUGGAGCGCAAACACGACCGCCAUGACUGGUGCCCUGCAGCAGCGGCUGCAGGACGACGGCUCUGGCGACGCCUUCGGUGCCGUCGAGGUGGCGGGCUUCACGGUAGACGGUGCCUCCACGACCACCGGCGCAGCCGCCUGGGAGGAGGAAGAGGACCAGCAGGAGAGCCUGCUCGGCCCGGUGGUGGUGUUGAUCACCGGGGUGUGCCUGGUGGUGUGCGGCGCCGCCACGAGCGUCCGCUGCGCCCACGCCCGCGGUCGCGGGAAGGGCCCGGCGCCCGCCGCGGCGAGGGGCACGCCGCCGCCGUGCCCCGGCGAGGCCGCUCGCGGCGAGGCGGCAGAGGUAUUAGACGAUGCUCGGGCCCCUCCUGCUGGCCGCUCGCCCGCUGCCGAGAUGGUGGUCGAGGCGGAGGCUGUCGAGGCUCCCGAGGCGGCGGCCGAGGCCGAGGACGCGGCGGCGGCCGCGGCGGAGGGCGCUGGCGGCGGCAGGGUCCCCGCGCUGCCGCGCCUGCGCCCGCGGGCCGCGCCGAGCCUCGCCGCAGCCUCGCCGCGGGCUUCGCCGUGGGCCCCGCCGCGGCCUCGCGCGGGCCUCGUCGCGGGCCUCGCCCUGGGCGCGCCGUCGCCGCGGCUGCCAGCGGCCCGCGGCCCGGCUGCGCGCCGCGUGCCGCGGCGGGCUCCGCGGCCGCCGGCCCGCGGCGUCGCCGGUGGCCGCGCCCUCGUCGCCCGCCUCAGGCGACGCCCCGCGGUCCGCCGGGGGCCGCGGCGAGGUGGCCGAGACUUCGGCCCGCACCCCGUGGCCCGCCCGCUGGCGCCGCUGCCGGAGGAUCCCGAGGACGCGUUCCCUGAGCUCGACGCGAGCGGGGGCGAAGGCGCCGCCGCCAGCGCCGCCGCUGGCGAGGACGGUGGUCGAUGAGAAGGAUGCCGCAGGACUGCGACGGCGGCCACCCCGCGCCGCCGCCCCAGCUCGCCGUGGGGGGCGUAAGCAGGAGCUCCGGCGGCGGCGGCGGUGCGGCGGGCUGGUCGUGGCGGGCGCCCGUGGCCGGGAGGGAGCCCUUCUGCCCGGUCGACGACGACGCCGCCUCGUGGGACUGGGCGACGUGACGCCCCCGAGGGAGGAG